AUGACAUAUGAUUAUGGGGCGUGGAGCUACUCACUUCCCCCCACCCAGCUACUCACUUCCCCCCACACAGCUACUCACUUCCCCCCACCCAGCUACUCACUUCCCCCCACCCAGCUACUCACUUUCCCCCACACAGCUACUCACUUCCCCCCACCCAGCUACUUACUUCCCCCCACACAGCUACUCACUUUCCCCCACACAGCUACUCACUUCCCCCCACCCAGCUACUCACUUCCCCCCACCCAGCUACUCACUUCCCCCCACCCAGCUACUCACUUCCCCCCACACAGCUACUCACUUCCCCCCACCCAGCUACUCACUUCCCCCCACCCAGCUACUCACUUUCCCCCACACAGCUACUCACUUCCCCCCACACAGCUACUCACUUCCCCCCACACAGCUACUCACUUCCCCCCACCCAGCUACUCACUUCCCCCCACCCAGCUACUCACUUCCCCCCACACAGCUACUCACUUCCCCCCACACAGCUACUCACUUCCCCCCACCCAGCUACUCACUUCCCCCCACACAGCUACUCACUUCCCCCCACACAGCUACUCACUUCCCCCCACACAGCUACUGACUUCCCCCCACACAGCUACUCACUUCCCCCCACCCAGCUACUCACUUCCCCCCACCCAGCUACUUACUUCCCCCCACCUAGCUACUCACUUCUCCCCACACAGCUACUCACUUCCCCCCACACAGCUACUCACUUCCCCCCACCCAGCUACUCACUUCCCCCCACCCAGCUACUCACUUCCCCCCACCCAGCUACUUACUUCCCCCCACCCAGCUACUCACUUCUCCCCACACAGCUACUCACUUCCCCCCACACAGCUACUCACUUCCCCCCACCCAGCUACUCACUUCCCCCCACCCAGCUACUCACUUUCCCCCACACAGCUACUCACUUCCCCCCACACAGCUACUCACUUCCCCCCACACAGCUACUCACUUCCCCCCACCCAGCUACUCACUUCCCCCCACCCAGCUACUCACUUCCCCCCACACAGCUACUCACUUCCCCCCACACAGCUACUCACUUCCCCCCACCCAGCUACUCACUUCCCCCCACACAGCUACUCACUUCCCCCCACACAGCUACUCACUUCCCCCCACACAGCUACUGACUUCCCCCCACACAGCUACUCACUUCCCCCCACCCAGCUACUCACUUCCCCCCACCCAGCUACUUACUUCCCCCCACCUAGCUACUCACUUCUCCCCACACAGCUACUCACUUCCCCCCACACAGCUACUCACUUCCCCCCACCCAGCUACUCACUUCCCCCCACCCAGCUACUCACUUCCCCCCACCCAGCUACUUACUUCCCCCCACCCAGCUACUCACUUCUCCCCACACAGCUACUCACUUCCCCCCACACAGCUACUCACUUCCCCCCACCCAGCUACUCACUUCCCCCCACCAAGCUACUCACUUCCCCCCACACAGCUACUCACUUCCCCCCACACAGCUACUCACUUCCCCCCACACAGCUACUCACUUCCCCCCACACAGCUACUCACUUCCCCCCACACAGCUACUCACUUCCCCUCACCCAGCUACUCACUUCCCCCCACCCAGCUACUUACUUCCCCCCACACAGCUACUCACUUCCCCCCACCCAGCUACUCACUUCCCCCCACACAGCUACUCACUUCCCCCCACACAGCUACUCACUUCCCCCCACCCAGCUACUCACUUCCCCCCACACAGCUACUCACUUCCCCCCACCCAGCUACUCACUUCCCCCCACACAGCUACUCACUUCCCCCCACACAGCUACUCACUUCCCCCCACCCAGCUACUCACUUCCCCCCACACAGCUACUCACUUCCCCCCACACAGCUACUCACUUCCCCCCACACAGCUACUCACUUCCCCCCACACAGCUACUCACUUCCCCCCGCCCAGCUACUCACUUCCCCCCACCCAGCUACUCACUUCCCCCCACCCAGCUACUCACUUCCCCCCACCCAGCUACUCACUUCCCCCCACACAGCUACUCACUUCCCCCCACACAGCUACUCACUUCCCCCCACACAGCUACUCACUUCCCCCCACCCAGCUACUCACUUCCCCCCACACAGCUACUCACUUCCCCCCACACAGCUACUCACUUCCCCCCACCCAGCUACUCACUUCCCCCCACACAGCUACUCACUUCCCCCCACACAGCUACUCACUUCCCCCCACACAGCUACUCACUUCCCCCCACCCAGCUACUCACUUCCCCCCACCCAGCUACUCAUUUCCCCCCACACAGCUACUCACUUCCCCCCACACAGCUACUCACUUCCCCCCACACAGCUACUCACUUCCCCCCACACAGCUACUCACUUCCCCCCACCCAGCUACUCACUUCCCCCCACCCAGCUACUCAUUUCCCCCCACACAGCUACUCACUUCCCCCCACACAGCUACUCACUUCCCCCCACCCAGCUACUCACUUCCCCCCACACAGCUACUCACUUCCCCCCACCCAGCUACUCACUUCCCCCCACCCAGCUACUCACUUCCCCCCACACAGCUACUCACUUCCCCCCACCCAGCUACUCACUUCCCCCCACACAGCUACUCACUUCCCCCCACCCAGCUACUCACUUCCCCCCACACAGCUACUCACUUCCCCCCACCCAGCUACUCACUUCCCCCCACACAGCUACUCACUUCCCCCCACCCAGCUACUCACUUCCCCCCACCCAGCUACUCACUUCCCCCCACACAGCUACUCACUUCCCCCCACCCAGCUACUCACUUCCCCCCACCCAGCUACUCACUUCCCCCCACACAGCUACUCACUUCCCCCCACACAGCUACUCACUUCCCCCCACCCAGCUACUCACUUCCCCCCACACAGCUACUCACUUCCCCCCACACAGCUACUCACUUCCCCCCACACAGCUACUCACUUCCCCCCACACAGCUACUCACUUCCCCCCACACAGCUACUCACUUCCCCCCACCCAGCUACUCACUUCCCCCCACCCAGCUACUUACUUCCCCCCACCCAGCUACUCACUUCCCCCCACACAGCUACUCACUUCCCCCCACACAGCUACUCACUUCCCCCCACCCAGCUACUCACUUCCCCCCACCCAGCUACUUACUUCCCCCCACCCAGCUACUCACUUCCCCCCACCCAGCUACUCACUUCCCCCCACCCAGCUACUUACUUCCCCCCACCCAGCUACUCACUUCCCCCCACCCAGCUACUCACUUCCCCCCACCCAGCUACUUACUUCCCCCCACCUAGCUACUCACUUCCCCCCACACAGCUACUCACUUCCCCCCACACAGCUACUCACUUCCCCCCACACAGCUACUCACUUCCCCCCACCCAGCUACUCACUUCCCCCCACCCAGCUACUCACUUCCCCCCACACAGCUACUCACUUCCCCCCACCCAGCUACUCACUUCCCCCCACACAGCUACUCACUUCCCCCCACACAGCUACUCACUUCCCCCCACACAGCUACUCACUUCCCCCCACACAGCUACUCACUUCCCCCCACACAGCUACUCACUUCCCCCCACCCAGCUACUCACUUCCCCCCACACAGCUACUCACUUCCCCCCACACAGCUACUCACUUCCCCCCACACAGCUACUCACUUCCCCCCACCCAGCUACUCACUUCCCCCCACACAGCUACUCACUUCCCCCCACCCAGCUACUCACUUCCCCCCACACAGCUACUCACUUCCCCCCACACAGCUACUCACUUCCCCCCACCCAGCUACUCACUUCCCCCCACCCAGCUACUCAUUUCCCCCCACACAGCUACUCACUUCCCCCCACACAGCUACUCACUUCCCCCCACACAGCUACUCACUUCCCCCCACCCAGCUACUCACUUCCCCCCACCCAGCUACUCAUUUCCCCCCACACAGCUACUCACUUCCCCCCACACAGCUACUCACUUCCCCCCACCCAGCUACUCACUUCCCCCCACACAGCUACUCACUUCCCCCCACCCAGCUACUCACUUCCCCCCACCCAGCUACUCACUUCCCCCCACACAGCUACUCACUUCCCCCCACCCAGCUACUCACUUCCCCCCACACAGCUACUCACUUCCCCCCACACAGCUACUCACUUCCCCCCACCCAGCUACUCACUUCCCCCCACACAGCUACUCACUUCCCCCCACCCAGCUACUCACUUCCCCCCACCCAGCUACUCACUUCCCCCCACACAGCUACUCACUUCCCCCCACACAGCUACUCACUUCCCCCCACCCAGCUACUCACUUCCCCCCACACAGCUACUCACUUCCCCCCACCCAGCUACUCACUUCCCCCCACACAGCUACUCACUUCCCCCCACACAGCUACUCACUUCCCCCCACCCAGCUACUCACUUCCCCCCACCCAGCUACUCACUUCCCCCCACACAGCUACUCACUUCCCCCCACACAGCUACUCACUUCCCCCCACCCAGCUACUCACUUCCCCCCACACAGCUACUCACUUCCCCCCACACAGCUACUCACUUCCCCCCACCCAGCUACUCACUUCCCCCCACCCAGCUACUCAUUUCCCCCCACACAGCUACUCACUUCCCCCCACACAGCUACUCACUUCCCCCCACCCAGCUACUCACUUCCCCCCACACAGCUACUCACUUCCCCCCACCCAGCUACUCACUUCCCCCCACCCAGCUACUCACUUCCCCCCACACAGCUACUCACUUCCCCCCACCCAGCUACUCACUUCCCCCCACACAGCUACUCACUUCCCCCCACACAGCUACUCACUUCCCCCCACACAGCUACUCACUUCCCCCCACACAGCUACUCACUUCCCCCCACCCAGCUACUCACUUCCCCCCACACAGCUACUCACUUCCCCCCACACAGCUACUCACUUCCCCCCACACAGCUACUCACUUCCCCCCACCCAGCUACUCACUUCCCCCCACACAGCUACUCACUUCCCCCCACACAGCUACUCACUUCCCCCCACCCAGCUACUCACUUCCCCCCACACAGCUACUCACUUCCCCCCACCCAGCUACUCACUUCCCCCCACCCAGCUACUCACUUCCCCCCACACAGCUACUCACUUCCCCCCACACAGCUACUCACUUCCCCCCACCCAGCUACUCACUUCCCCCCACACAGCUACUCACUUCCCCCCACCCAGCUACUCACUUCCCCCCACACAGCUACUCACUUCCCCCCACACAGCUACUCACUUCCCCCCACCCAGCUACUCACUUCCCCCCACCCAGCUACUCACUUCCCCCCACACAGCUACUCACUUCCCCCCACACAGCUACUCACUUCCCCCCACCCAGCUACUCACUUCCCCCCACACAGCUACUCACUUCCCCCCACACAGCUACUCACUUCCCCCCACCCAGCUACUCACUUCCCCCCACCCAGCUACUCAUUUCCCCCCACACAGCUACUCACUUCCCCCCACACAGCUACUCACUUCCCCCCACCCAGCUACUCACUUCCCCCCACACAGCUACUCACUUCCCCCCACCCAGCUACUCACUUCCCCCCACCCAGCUACUCACUUCCCCCCACACAGCUACUCACUUCCCCCCACCCAGCUACUCACUUCCCCCCACACAGCUACUCACUUCCCCCCACACAGCUACUCACUUCCCCCCACACAGCUACUCACUUCCCCCCACACAGCUACUCACUUCCCCCCACCCAGCUACUCACUUCCCCCCACACAGCUACUCACUUCCCCCCACACAGCUACUCACUUCCCCCCACCCAGCUACUCACUUCCCCCCACACAGCUACUCACUUCCCCCCACACAGCUACUCACUUCCCCCCACACAGCUACUCACUUCCCCCCACCCAGCUACUCACUUCCCCCCACCCAGCUACUCAUUUCCCCCCACACAGCUACUCACUUCCCCCCACACAGCUACUCACUUCCCCCCACACAGCUACUCACUUCCCCCCACACAGCUACUCACUUCCCCCCACCCAGCUACUCACUUCCCCCCACCCAGCUACUCAUUUCCCCCCACACAGCUACUCACUUCCCCCCACACAGCUACUCACUUCCCCCCACCCAGCUACUCACUUCCCCCCACACAGCUACUCACUUCCCCCCACCCAGCUACUCACUUCCCCCCACACAGCUACUUACUUCCCCCCACCCAGCUACUCACUUCCCCCCACCCAGCUACUCACUUCCCCCCACCCAGCUACUUACUUCCCCCCACCCAGCUACUCACUUCCCCCCACCCAGCUACUCGCUUCCCCCCACCCAGCUACUUACUUCCCCCCACCUAGCUACUCACUUCCCCCCACACAGCUACUCACUUCCCCCCACACAGCUACUCACUUCCCCCCACACAGCUACUCACUUCCCCCCACACAGCUACUUACUUCCCCCCACCCAGCUACUCACUUCCCCCCACCCAGCUACUCACUUCCCCCCACCCAGCUACUUACUUCCCCCCACCCAGCUACUCACUUCCCCCCACCCAGCUACUCACUUCCCCCCACCCAGCUACUUACUUCCCCCCACCUAG